UACAUCAGCUGAUCCCUCUGGCCUACCGUAACAUAUAUAACACAACACAUUAUAGGAGUAACUGAGGUGUACAUCAGCUGUUCCCUCUGGGCUACCGUAGCAGAUAACAAAACACAACAUAGCCCUUACUGGUGUUUUUCGCAAUGUGACAGCAAUCGGUAUGAUAUAUGUAAAUACGAGUAAAAGUUUAAGCUGAAGGACGUCGAAACCGUGAGAUUAUAAGUCAUGGACGACAUGAAGAAACAGGUGCUGGAAAGCUUACAUCGCGUAAAGGACAUGCUUCCACUGCUAAGGACCCAUAUCACCCCGACAACCUGUUUGGUCGGCGUUAGCGCUGGUCUCGCUGCCUAUUGGUUGAUAAAAAGGAACAAGUACCGCCUACCACCGGGACCUCUCGCCUUACCAUUGGUCGGGAAUUACAGUCUAUUAGGAGACCCCAUGCUGCACGAGACCUGUGCCCGACUGUCUGAAAAAUACGGACCCGUCAUUACUAUACAGUUCGGGCCAAUGCAGAUGGUAAUUUUGAAUACCAUAGAGGCCGUGGUAGAGGCCAUGGUUACCAAGGGAGCGGACUUCGCCAACAGACCCGUGACUAUUUCCGGACUGGAGCUUAGUGAGGGCGGCAAAAAUAUAUUUCUGUCCCAGUAUACACCCACGUGGAAACUCCAUCGCAAGCUUGCAACCAAAGCUCUGAGAAAGUACUUGCGAGGUGAGAAACCACAGACCGCUGUACAUGCCUCAAUGAAGGAGUUCACUACCCUACUGACGAACACCAAAGGUGAAGCCUUCACGCCUCAUGCCUACGUAGACCACGCUUUGUUCAACGUCAUGUGUGGACUCUGCUUCAAUAAGGUAUACAACUUUAACAAUGAUACGUUCAAAAAGUUUAUGAACGCUGACGACGAAUUCAUAAAGGAAUUUGGACAUGGUCUAAUAGAAGAUGCUUUCCCUAUUUUGGCUAAAAUAUGGCCAAGUCAACAAUACCGAAAGGUGUUGGGAUAUUUCAACACAAUGCUGCAGUUUUUAUUAGACGAAUUCCAGGAACAUGUGGAUCAAUUCGAUUCUAACGAAAUCAGGGACAUCACAGAUUUUGUGAUUUUGGCGCGUAAGGAAGCCGAGGAUGAAGAGGACGCUGAACUGUUGAGCCAGUUGACAGAUGUACACUUACGACAGACAAUAGCGGAUCUUUUCUUCGCGGGAUUUGAAACCACCCGACUAACGCUGACCUGGGGCCUGUUGUAUCUGGCUGAUCAUCAGGAAGUACAGAGGCGAGUCCAGGCAGAAGUAGACAAAGUUGUAGGUCGAGACCGACUUCCAACAAUAAAAGACCGCGCCGACCUUCCAUACACAGAGGCUGUCAUCUACGAAGUGAUGAGGAUAGCUUCGGUGGUACCGUUCGGCGUGGCACAUGCUGCUCGAGUAGAUUCCAAGAUUUGUGGAUAUGAUAUUCCACAGGGCACAACAGUUGCCAUCAAUCACUGGGCGCUACACAAUGACCCGAGACACUGGAAGCAGCCUCAGAUUUUCAAUCCAGAGAGAUUUUUGACAUCAGAAGGAAAACUUGCUCCACCACCCGAAAGUUUUCUUCCUUUCUCUGUCGGCAAGAGGAUGUGUUUGGGAGAAUCUGCAGCUAAACAAGAGCUUAUGCUGAUAAUCCCGAUAAUUCUCCAAGAAUUCAACAUCAAACUGCCGCCAGGUGUCACGGCUGACUAUUCACCGGAAGCUUCUGGACUGACAGGUUACAUGGCAAACAGAUAUUUGAUCAGUGUCGAGAAAAGACAAUAAGGGCAGAUUCUGUAGAAACAAACAGUUGGAUUCCGUUGGUCAACUUUCGGGAUAUGCAUUUAACGUUACAUAGAAAUCAAUUACCUCUCAUUUGAAUACAAAUGGUGAAAUGAUAUAUAGUGAAGAUAUGGAUUAAUUAUUUGCAUAGAUAAUGCAGCUUUGAUCAUAUGAUAUAAGGCAAAAAAUAUACAGCGGAAGAGAAAGUGUUAUUGACAGUCUAGUAUACAUUAGUCAUUUUGCGAGACCAUACAUAACUAUUUACUAUGAAACAAUAAGAAGGAGACAAAUUGUACCACGGAUAUGAAGCUCAUGGUAAACGCACAGUUUAAAUCACUUAUUUGUAUUCUUAAGGUAACAAAAGCCACUUCUGUAUAAGUCCUUUGAAUAUUUGAGUGAAUAGAACCAACGCUCGGCACAUAGAGAUAUAGAUCAAUCUAUUCCUCCUGACAAUACAAUAUUCGGGAAAGUGUUGAGUCUCGAAGUGGAUAUCGGUAUUUUAGCGUCAUUAAAACAGUUAACAUUAUAUAAGUAUCUUGCUUAUGGUCAGUUUUGGUGUCUAGCGCAGAACCGAUAAUCAGGAUAAGAACAUUUAAGAAAGAAUUCGAGGAAAAAUAUUUCGUAGGAUAAAGGUGACAACUGACCUCAUUGUUGAAUUUACAACCAUGUUAUCUGUAUCAUUAGUUAUUGCACUAGAUAAAAUUUGAUAAAGGGUAAUGAAUAAACAUUUUCUUUUAAUACCACUUUAAACGAUAAAUGUAAUUAAUGAAGUUAUGUGAUCGGUGAUAUUUACUCCAAUCCUGACCCGAAUUGAAUUCCCCGUCUAAGGUAUGUGUAUAAGUUAACACAUCAGUAUGCUCGUUAAGGAGUCGGUCCCUACAUCUCUGAAAGCGAUAUGUCACUGAAAUGUUAUAAAGAAGAGGUUGGCUAUAUUGCGAUGUAACAGUUUUUCAUCGAGGCAUUAAAUAACAUGAUAUUGAAACUGAUCAUCUCGACUUAAUAUGGCAUGAAAUAAAGACCUGUCAACACC